CUUAUACCGAAUGGCUCCAACCACACCGGCAAUGUCAGGGCCACCACGGAAAAGACAAAAGCUCACUACCACUGCAUGCGAACCAUGUCGAAGCCGGAAAAUCCGCUGCAAUGGUGCCAAACCAAACUGUGAAGCAUGCUCGAAGCGCGCUCAACAAUGCAUCUACCAGACCACGCCCGACGUUGAAAGCGCGAAUGCGUACGUUGACUCGUUGGUGAAUCGCGUAUCUCAAUUGGAGCAAGAACUGAACAACGCGCGCGCGACCAUUCUGCGAUUGUCCACAGGCCCAGCCAUCGCGGCACCGCUGCCACAACAUCUCAACAUUGAUCCCAGAUUGCUUCCUGAGAAUGAUGUAUCUUCUGCUGAGCCCGGGUCUGUCGACGCAAUGGGUGGCGAUGCCGGCGCCGAACACCACUCAAGUGACGGUCAGACAUUCUACGGCAGCUCAUCAGCACUUGGAUUCACGCGCCAGAUGUAUGGGGCCAUUCUCCAGAAGGACACUGCACCAGCAGCACCAGAGGUAACAGGAGCACCAUCUUCGGUUCAGCAGUUACCGGCCUUACCCGCGUUCACAGAAGCCUAUGUUGCACCCGAAAACUUCUCGCUCUUGCCCAGAGAACUGGCUGAUCGUCUGAUGGACCUCUAUUGGGAUCGAGUUCACGUGCUCUAUCCGUUCCUGCACAAAGCUUCGUUCAGUCAAGCCUAUGAGGAUCUUUGGAAACCUUCGUCAGAACAUCGUCCACGCUACAGACCAGGACUGGGACUUGGUGCCUCCAAGGCAUCCGGACCAUCGUCGGUCCUCUUCCAUUGUGCCUUCAAUGCUGCUUUGGCGCUCGGCAUGCAGUUCUCAGACCUAGCGUUGAACGAGAGGGAGCGACUUUCUUCUGCCUGUCAGGCCAAGUCCAAAGAUCUGCUGAGGCUCGAUCUGUUCGAUGAUGGCAACAUAGCGCUGGUUCAGACGUUGCUAUUGUUGACUCAGUACUUCCAGUCUACCAAUGGGCCAAAUAAAUGCUGGACUUCGAUAGGUCUUGCAUGCCGGCUUGCACAAGGACUUGGCUUGCACAUUGAAGAGGACCGCUUUGAGCAGCAGUUCAGCGUCACGGACCGCGAGAUCAGAAGGCGUGUCUGGCAUGGCUGUGUUACCAUGGACAUCAUCGUGAGCAUGACGCUUGGCCGACCUGCGCUGCUCAUCGGGUCCAAGGCUCGAAGCCCUCCAGCUCCGAUCGAUGGAGAUGACGAGUAUCAACUUCUGAAUACACAUGGGAACCCACUGUCCUCAAUCGACUUCUUCACAGAGACUGUCAAACUGUACCGAAUUAUUGGACGCAUCCUGCUGAACAUCUACAAGGACAACGAUGAACAUCACGAAAAGCCUGACCCCGCAGAAGAGGACCGGAAAGACGAUGUUUUGCUGGGGUUCCAAGACGAACUGGCCCAAUUCGCUCGCGGGCUACCGGAAGGUCUCAAAUGGCAGUCAUCGUCAUGGCAAUUGCGCCACGAAACAACGGGAAUCCUUGCCCGUCAGUCGCACGUCCUACAUGUCAGAGUCUUGCAUGCCCGUAUCUUGCUCUUCCGGCCAGCUUUCUUGCAGUACUGCCGAUUGCACCAAGGCAAAGAUGGCGUGCAGUUGCCUGCUCUCGAUCCAGAGGCUGCGGAGGACGCCAUAUCAUUUCCCUUGACAUGUGUCCAAACAGCCCUUGAGCUUAUUAAAUAUGUCAAAGAGUACUCGGCGACCGAAGCUACCGGUGCCUGGUGGUACAACGUCUUCUAUACACGUUCUGCUGCUAUGGUCUUUCUACUGUCCGCUGUCUGUCCUUCGAUACAUGUCAGAACUGGAGACCGCGCCUGGCAGUCCGCAUGGGCCGACUGCGUGGAGAUCCUGACGACGAACCUCCCUCAAUACGCGCUUGUCAAGGCAUGUCUAACCACGCUCAAGGCGCUGUACCGAAACGUAGUUCGUCAAGGGACUGAACUCGGGCUUCUCGACCUUAGCGAGGUCGGCAACACCGACGACAUGCUGUACACACAAACUCAAGCGCAAGGUGGGAAUGAGCAAGAUGCAGUGGGUCAAAAGGAGAGUUUGGUCAGAGACGCUCAGGACCUGCCGAUGCCGGCUAUGGACGCCAGUCAGGAUUUGCUUGACUCGAUGUUCGAUCCCUUCGCAUUCGUGGAAAAGGACCUUUUCACCGAUCUGGGCUUUGACUUCACACAAUCAUUGCAACACCGCGCUACCGGCCUGACCCUCGGGACUGGGCAGCAGGGGACCGCACCCGCAGCAGUUACCCUCGCCCCGGCUCCCGAAAUCGAGAUACGAGACAUUGUAAUCGCAAAAGCGGACGAUGACGUUGCAACUCUGAAAGCGGCUUCGAAGAAAGCAGAUGAGGUGCUGGGUGAAGGAUAG